AUGGCGGCUCCCUGCCGGACCGCCGCUGGGUGGAUGCGGGCGGCACUUGGUAUCUGGCGGUCGAGCCGUGGAAGCGCCGCCCACGCCUGGGCUCAGGUUUCUCCUCCCUCCCGUCCCCCCAACCGUUUGGCAGCUGUGGCCAGAGGUUCCUGCGCAGUUCUUCCCAUUCGCCGGUGCCAUGGCCGGGACUCAGCUUUGGACCACUUCCUGGGGGUCGCCAAGCCAAGCUACAGCCCCGACCACCCAGCCCCUGCUGUGGCGGUGCACAGGGACAAACAGGCUCUUCUUCUGGCCCAUCCUCCUGACAUGCCGGAGAAUUCUCGGGUCCUUCGAGUGGUCAUCCUGGGAGCCCCAAAUGCGGGGAAGUCAACACUUUCCAACCAGCUGCUAGGCCGCAAAGUUUUCCCUGUCUCCAAGAAGGUGCAUACAACUCGCUGCCAGGCUCUAGGGGUCCUCACAGAGGAGGAGACACAGGUGGUAAUUCUGGAUACUCCUGGCCUGAUCAGCCUAAAUAAGCAGAAGAGGCACAACCUAGAGCCAUCCCUGCUGAAAGACCCCUGGAAGAGCAUGGAGGAUGCAGACCUGGUCUUGGUUCUAGUUGAUGUGUCAGACAAGUGGACCCGAGGCCAGCUGAACCCCCAGGUUCUCAAGUGCUUGUCUCAGUUUCCCCAAGUCCCCAGCGUCUUGGUGAUGAAUAAGGUGGAUUGCUUGAAACCCAAGUCUGUGCUCUUGGAGUUAACAGCAGCCCUCACAGAAGGUGUCGUUGGUGGCAAAGAGCUGCAGGUGAAGCAGGCCCGGCCAGCCUCUAAAAACCAGAAGGCCCCCACAGAGUCGGACCUAGAGCCCUUGAGAGGCCCCCAGAGGCUAGGCUGGCCCCACUUCCAGGAGAUCUUCAUGCUCUCUGCCCUGAAGCAGGAAGAUGUGGAGACCCUGAAGCAAUACCUUCUGGCACAGGCCCAACCUGGGCCCUGGGAGUUCCACAGUGAAGUGCUCACUAGCCAGACACCCCAGGAGAUCUGUGCCAACAUCAUUCGGGAAAAGCUCCUGGAGCACCUGCCUCAGGAGGUGCCCUACAGUGUGCACCAGGAGAUGAUUAUGUGGGAAGAGGAUCCCAGCGGGAAGCUUGUGAUCCUGCAGAACUUACUAGUGUCUAAGGAGUCCCACUUGAGGAUGCUGAUCGGGCAAAAUGGUCAAGUGGUCAGUCGGUUGGCGCAGGAGGCCAGUGAGGACCUGGAGAACGUUUUCCUCCGAGACGUGCAGUUGCGCCUCUCAGUUAAGCUCCUCAGGUGACCUUUGCUCCCCACCCCAGGCCACUGGCCACCCAACUGCUCAAGUACUCAGGGGGCUGCCCAGGCACGAGGACCUGGUGACUUGUUCUGGAGGGCACCAUUGCCCAUAGCCCAGCCCUGACAGUCAAGCACGGACCAGACAGCCCUCGGGCCAAGCCUCUUGUUUGCCAAGGGAAGCUGGCAGUGCCAGCCGCCCCCCGGGGCUGCCCAGAGAGCCUCCCUCCUGGCCGCAGCACCCCCAUCCCUCCACGAGUGCCUCAGUUCUGGGCAGCUUAUGUCGUUGCCAGAGCCAGGGCUCGGCUCUCCCUUCUUCCCAAGCCCCUUUGUUCCCUGGACAGACACAGACACCAGGCGGGUGCCCUGCCCUGGAGCAGAUGCUCCCCCACAAGCCAGGGAUAAUAAAUGACAGAAGAGAGA